GAAGAGGAAGUGACUUGAGAAGGUGAUGAAAGUAAACAUAAAGUACAGUAAUAAAUGUGAUCAGUUUGUGUGAGAGAGAUUAUCAGCUGUGAUUAACGACACACACACACACACACACACACACACACACACCCACCCACCCCGGAAGUUGUGCCAUGAGGUGACAGGAGUCAUUUAAAACAGGAACACACACACACACACACACACACACACACACACACACACACACACACACACACACACACACAGAGGAGCCUGGCUGUGGACCUCACACACAGGAACGGUGUCUCACACACGGAUUAAAGGUUGUUGGAGAUGUGGUGGUUUCAGGAGGGGUUGUGUAUCCUGCCUGUGUCACUGGUCAUUUGGACAGCAGCUACAUUUGUUUUUGCUUACAUCACAGCGGUGGAGCUGAGACACGUCGACCCGUUUGUCCCCUACAUCAGUGACACAGGUACAGUUGCUCCUGAGAGGUGUGUGUUCGGGAUCAUGCUCAGUGUCUCAGCGUUUCUUGGCAUUGCCACUAUGUAUGUGCGUUAUAAGCAAGUUGAGGCUCUCACUGAUCAUGGAGAAAAGCAACUACUGAAGCUCAAUACUGUGGGCUUUGUGCUCGGCUGCAUCAGUUCCUUCGGCAUGUGUGUGGUGGCAAACUUCCAGAAGACAACGCUGUUCUCGAUGCACCUGGUGGGUGCAGUGCUGACGUUUGGCGUGGGUGCGCUCUACAUUCUGACACACACACUUGUUUCAUACCACAUGCAGCCGCACAUACACACCAAACAAGUCUUCUGGAUUCGACUGAUCAUCGGGCUCUGGACCUUCAGCAGCAUCAUCAGCAUGUUUGUAUCCUCAGUAAUUCUGUACAGCAGCCUGCCAGGAUUAGAGGUGCAUAAAAAACUCCACUGGAACCCUGGAGAACUUGGUUACACAGCUCACAUGGUGAGCACAGUCUCUGAAUGGUCUCUGGCUUUUUCCUUCAUCAGCUUCUUUCUCACCUACAUCAGAGACUUUCAGAAGAUCAGCCUGAGGGGGGAGGUGGACCUUCAGAGCAGCAAUUUGCAUGACUCCGCCCAUUUUGGUUCAGCAUGGAUCCCUGGAGAGACAUCCUCCUUACUGGCUGGAUCCAUCUAAACACAAAGCCCCUCCUAGACAACCACACCACUCCCUUGACCCCAACACACACACAAAAAACAAAAGGAAGAAGCAGUUUAAAUAUCUGACCGAUGGGAUCAGAGCUUUCUUAUCUCUUAUUUCCUCAUAGAUCGUCUCAGUCAUGUAGCUGCUCUUAAAACCUCUACAAUAAGCUCAGUAGUUUUGAGCUGAAUCAAAUGUUUCACAGGGGCAGGUAUAACCCUAACCACAGGGGCAGGUAUAACCCUAACCACAGGAGCAGGUAUAACCUUAACCCUAACCUUAACUACAGGGGCAGGUAUAACCUUAACCACAGGGGCAGGUAUAACCUUAACCCUAACCACAGGAGCAGGUAUAACCCUAACCUUAACCCUAACCAGCAGAAGGUUUCAGUGUUUAUACAGAAUACACUUUAGAUUUUAUUUUAAAGACACAGAUAUAAAUUUGGGGAAAAUGCAGUUUAAAAUGUUCCUCCGUGAGCUUUAACCCUGUAACUCUACAGUAGGCUGUUAUUUUAUAUUACUUUGUUAUUGUUUAGCUUGAACUUCUCAUUAGCAUAGUUAGCAUAGUGAAGCGCUUUUUGUAAUCAUGAACAAGACAAAUCCGGUUAAUCUGGAAAACAUUUAUUAGUAAAAUGAGAAUUUAAUAAUAAUUAGUUUAACAUUUCACUUAUUAGUCACAUUAGUAUUUCCAUGCUGUUUAUUUUCAGUUAAAAAAAAGUCAGGUACAAGCUGCAAAGUGAACACAUGAAUAGCACAAGGUUCAGUGUUGAUCAGAUGUUUAUGGUGACCAGCAGCCUGCGACUGUGGACUCUCUCUUACUACUGCUAAUCACAUCACUGACACUGCCUUUAUUUUACUGCCUCUAUUUUACACCACCUGUUUAUUUUCAGUCAACAAGCAGCUAAGACACAGUCAGUAUUGUAUGUUUUUAAAACAUAAAGACAAAUAAACUCUUAUUUUUAUACUGUUUAAA